CCCCCCUCCAGCCUGUCAUGGGGGAGGCCGAGGAGCAGGUGCCCGAAUCAGGUGCUGUAUUCACAUUUGGGAAAAGCAAAUUUGCAGAAAAUGUGCCUAGCAAGUUUUGGUUUAAAAAUGACAAGCCUUUGCACAUAUCAUGCGGAGAUGAACAUACUUCUGUUGUAACAGAAAAUGGUAAGCUCUAUAUGUUUGGAAGCAACAACUGGGGACAACUAGGGUUUGGAACAAAGAAUACCAUCAACAAGCCAACUUGUGUGAAAGCUUUAAAACCAGAAAAAGUAAAACUAGCUGCCUGUGGGAGAAACCACACUUUGAUUUAUACAGAACAAGGAAAUGUAUAUGCUGCUGGAGGUAACAGUGAAGGGCAGUUGGGAUUAGGUGACACAGAGGAAAGAAGCACAUUUCAUCUAAUUAGUUUUUUUACCAACCAGCACAAGAUCAAACAGCUGGCAGCUGGAUCCUACACAUCAGCUGCACUAACUGAGGAUGGGCAGCUUUUUAUGUGGGGAGACAAUUCCGAAGGACAAAUUGGCUUAGCAGAUGAAGCUAAUGUGUGUGCUCCUCAUCAAGUGGAUGUUGGAAAACCCAUUUCCUGGAUCUCUUGUGGAUAUUACCACUCUGCCUUAAUAACACGUGAUGGGGAACUUUAUACUUUCGGGGAGCCUGAAAAUGGGAAGCUUGGUUUGUCCCCUGAGCAACUGCAAAACAACAAGGUCCCGCAACCUGUUUCUGGCAUUUCCGGCAGGGUUGAUAAGGUUGCCUGUGGCGGAGGACAUACAGUAGCGCUUGCAGAAGGAGAGGUCUACACCUUUGGCCUUGGCCAAUAUGGGCAACUUGGACACGGUACAUUUACCUUUGAAACCUCUGAACCAAAGAUUGUGGAUCAUCUGGGGAAGCAUAAAAUCUGCAAUGUUGCAAGUGGGGAAAAUCACACAGCUUUAAUAACAGAGAAUGGUCUUAUGUAUACCUUUGGAGAUGGACGGCAUGGCAAGUUAGGACUUGGGGAAGAAAAUUAUACAAAUCAGUUUGUACCCACAUUAUGUUCUAAUUUUUUGAAGUUUACUGUACAUUCGGUUGCCUGCGGUGGUUGUCAUAUGCUGGUUUUUGCCACACCCAGGCCUAAAGAAUCAAGUAAAGCACAACUGCCACACCAAAAUGACAACUGCUUAUCUGGUACAGUCUCUGAAAUGGGCGGAGAUGCACUAAUAAUAGAUACCUUUCACCGAACAUUAUCAGCACGUUUGCGACGGAGAGAGAAGGAGAAAUUGCCGGAACAAUUUAGUCGACUAGUGAGAACACUCCCCAUGCUUCCUCCCUUGGGAGAAGGUUCCUUAAAACCUACACCGUGUGUCAUCAGCAACACUGUUCCCCUUGGUAUACCCAGAACAAACCAUCCCAAAUCUGAGGCAGCUGAUAAAAAGAAAGACGCUGAAUCUGCUUUGGAUGAUGAAACAGGAGAAAAGAAAGAAGAGGAUGGUGAUGUACAGGAGAGUUCAACGGAGGAUGAUUCAGAUGAAAAUGAGGGUAAAACUCUUGGGGACACCACAGAUGUCUUGAAUAUGACCCAUGUGCUGAGACUGAAUCCCAAUGACCAAUCGCUUGAGUUAGCACCAGUUCAAAAACAAAAGAAGAAAAAUAAAAAUGUGAAACUGAACAUUCAUGGUAAGGGUGGGUUGAAAGAGUCUGAUCUUACUCAACUUCAGGAGGGUUUGGAAUCGGGUGAAGCCUCUUCUCAGGUGGAAGCCAUACAUUCAGAGUGUUUCGGAAAGGAUCCCUAUGCAGAAAAAAGCUGCUAUGAUGCUUUUGUGCGGAAAAUUAGGGCUGCUAAAAAGUAUUCAAAAAGUAAAUCUGAACAGGCCAUUACCGUCAGUGCACUACAGUCUGACACUCAGCAGGCUAUUAAAGAAGAAUGUAAAGUACCAAAAAGGAAAAAAGUGGAUCAAAUAAGUUCUAGAUCAACUCAACAAAAGAUGCCAUAUAACCUUCCUAAUAAAGAUAAGGUGGAAAAACUAUAUGUGGAUCAUCAGGAAAAUAAAGCAGAGGCUAAAGUAGUGAAACCUGACAGAUAUGGGACAAUACAUGUGCAAGGUAAAGGAAGCAAUGAAGAACAGAGAGAGUUUAAACACAAAGAAAAAUUUAUGAAACAAAUGGCAGUAACUGCGUCGUCAUCUUCAAGUGAGGAAACAAGUAAUGGCUCAGCCAAAUAUGUUCUUCAGGUAAACCAGUAUAAUUAUGGAAAUAUGACAAAGAGAAAAAUGGAUGUAGAAAACCGAAUUAUUAAGUGGGAAGAAAGGGAGGGAUUUGAAGAACUCAGUAUGCAAGACCAGAGUGAGAAGAAAACAAACAUAGAUGAUAGAUCAGAUAAUGAUGCCCAUGUAGAAGAAGAAAAUACAGAAAAGGAGCAAGGCAAUGAAGAAAGUGAAAUGAUAGAAGCUGAAAGUGAAGAUGGAAAGCAAGAUGAAAAAGUUGAUAAUGCAAUAGAAUCUGAAGGAGAGGAAGGUGAAAAUGAAGCUGAUCAGAACUACAAAGAAGAUGCCACCAUAGCUAUAGAUGAAGAGGAAGGUGACAAUAAUGAAUUGCAAUCUGAAGCAGAAAAUGAGGAUAGGAUGGAGAAUGAGAUGGAAGAGAAUGUUCAAAUAAGAAGCACUGAAGAGAAAGAUGAUACAGGUACUGAACUGCAAGAAGGGGAGGAAGAAAUUGUAGAUGAGGUUGAAAAGGAAGAAAAAUCUGAAAUUGUACAGGAAAUUAGUGCUGUAGAGGAGGAACAAGAGAAGAAUGAUUGGGUGAAGGAGAAAAAAGAGAAUAGGAGUGAAAAGGGGGAGAAGAAAGAUGGGAAUGAAGAAAGGGGAAAUGAGAAGGAAGAAGGGCAAGAAGAAGGGGAAGGAGGUGAGGAGGAAGAAGAUGAGGAAAAAGAUGAAAGGGGAGAAGAGGGAAGGGAGGAGGGGGAAGAGGAAGGGGAGGAAGCAGGAGAGGGGGAGGAAGUAGGGGAAGAGGAGGAGGAAGAAGGGGAAGGGGAGGAGAAGGAAGAAGGGGAAGAGGAGGAAGGGGAGGAGGAGGAAGAAGGGGAAGAGGAGGAAGGGGAGGAGGAGGGAGAAGGGGAAGAGGAGGAAGGGGAGGAGGAGGAAGAAGGGGAAGGGGAGGAAGGGGAGGAGGAGGAAGAAGGGGAAGAGGAGGAAGCAGAAGGGGAAGAGGAGGAGGAAGCAGAAAGUGAGGAAGAAGAGGAAGAAAGUGAGGAGGAGGAAGGGGAUGAGGAGGAAGAGGAAGAAAAAAAAUUGGACGAAGGGGAGGAAGAAAAUGGGAAUGAGGAAGAAGGGGAAAAUGAAGAGGAAGAGGAAAACAAAUCAGAAGCUGAAGAGGAACAAGAAGAGCACAAUGAGGAGGAGGAGGAAGAAGAAGUGGAACAGGAAGAAGAGGAGGAGGAGAAAGACAAAAGAGAAGAGGAAGAAGAUGAGUAUGAAGAGCAAGAAGUACGUAGGAAAACCAAAAGUCAUAAACAGCAAGAAAAAAAUAAAAGCAUUAAACAGGAGGCAAACAGCAAAUUUAAAAGCUCUAAACAAAGAGUGAUAUCCAAACAAAACAUAAUGAAUGGGCUGCAACAUUCACAACAAUUUUGGAACAAUGUGCUACCACAUUAUUUGACAUUAAAGUAGCCUGGAGGUUUUGUUCAGGAGACGAUAGUUCUAUGCAACUAUACAUAAUCAUAUUUUUUUUUACUAAACAAAUACCCAGGUCAAGAUUUUAUAAGAAUGGCUCAAAUUUCUGCUCUCUUAAAGCGCCAUUAAAAGUACUCUUUUAAAAUCUGCCCAGUAAGAACCAGAUGCAGAAUUUCCCAAUGUUAAUCCAAACCAAGCGAUGUGAUGUGCUCUCCAAUCGCAACAUCUGCCUUGCAAAUUAGUUCAGUCCCUGUGUUAUACUAUUUGGGGCAUUGCUUGCAUGGCCACAAAAGCAGUGUUGGUGCAGAAUGUUUCCCAUGUCUCAUCUUUCCCACAUAAAGAGAAAUUAUUACUCCAUGCAUUCCUACUUUUGAUACAUUGUUUGCAGACAUGCGGACUACCUCACAUCUGUUACUAGCCACAGGUGCAGCUGCCAGAGUACUUUUAUAUAGCAUUUUAGACAGUUCGGCAUAAGGGAUUACAAUGUAUGAAGUGUAUCCAGCACAUUGGAGGUUGCAGAGGGAAAGGGAAAUCCGUGAAAAUCGCCUCCCUGCCUUAUGCUGGCCAGGACAUGCUGAGCAGAUCUCCACUGACGGAGUGCUACCACUGACAGGAGGAUAUUCUGAAUCCAAGC